AUAACGAAGGCCAUGCGAAUGGUUGCUGCUUCGAAGCUGCGGGGAGACCAGAGGAGGCUCGAGCAAGGCGCGCCCUUUGCGCAGCCGCUGCAGCGGAUUGUUGGGCGCGUUCCUAUUCCUGACGACAAGAGCGACCUGACCAUAGUGGCGUUUUCCUCAGACAAGGGUUUGUGCGGGGGCGUGAACGCCGCGGUGUCUCGCGAGGUUGCUGCUGCAGCGCAUGCAGCAGCAGCUUCGGGUGUACGUACACCUCUCGUGUGUCUCGGCGACAAAGCCCGCGCCUCUUUGCAAAGAAAACUUUCCAACAGUUUUAUUUUUCUUUUCAACGAACUCAACAAACUCCCCUGGAGCUUCGCCACCGCCUCCGUCCUCGUCGACAGGCUCAUCCAGGCCAAACCCUCGCGGCUGCUGUUUGUGUACAACCAGUUCGUGUCUGCUGUGGCGUAUAAGACAGUGUCUUUGCGGGUGUUGGCAACAGCAGCACUGCCGCAGCAGCAGCAGCAGCAGCAGCAGCAGCAGCAGCAGCAGCAGCAGCAGCUGGCAGCUUAUGAAUUCGAGCCGGAGCUCAUUGACAUUUGGAAAGACCUGCAGCAGUUCGCUCUCGCUUGCUGCUUCCACGGCUGCAUGCUAAAUGCAAUUGCUGCUGAACAA